AUGUCUGAUUUCGAGAUGGCGGAAAGCCAAAACACCUUUACUCCAGUGAACCGUGCUGUAAUACGACGAGCCAGGAUGGAUGAACCAAUUCCUACAGGCAUGAUUAUCAAAGGCAAAAAGAUCCACACGAUUGAGCAAAUGCUUGAGGCCCUGGAAGAGAGUGACGCUGCAGAAAAAUAUGACAUUGCACUGUUUUGCUAUGGGAAAUUGAAUGCUGCACAUGACUUGCUCGGUGACGGCAUCUGCAGGCUGUUUGACUAUGUUAGCUCCGCAGAGUUAUGGAAGGGUCAUCAUGAAGACCAAGAGGAAUUCCAGCUUCGAUGGGAAAAAGCAGUCCAGCUACAAAAGCGAAGAGCAAAGGAUGCGAGAACAAUCGAAGGCAUUCGACAGCGAGCGCUUGUGAGAUGGGACAACCAAGACCCCGCAGGCAGGAAUACCACCGAGUUCUUCCAAUGGGUCAAGAAUCGAGCGUUUGCGGAGAAAGUUAGUAAGCUCCUGAACACAGAUAUGUCCUACGAGGAUGUCAAGCUAUCUAUCAACAACCAUGUCAUCAAGAGAUGUACCUUUGGAAAAGGAAGUGGAGCCCAGAAAACCAAGCACCUGGAACCCAGUGACCUGCUCAAGACCUGCCAGUGCCGUAUCCUGACGCCGAUUCUCCAAGAACACCUAGAUCGUGCGGGUCUCCAGAUAGACCAGGAUGGAUUCGUUUGUCCAAAAGGCGAAGGAUUUGAUCUUCCAAGGAUCGAACCAAGAGCAUAUACCCUGCCUCCGUCUCCCGAGAAGAGUGUUUUCCUACCGGAAGAUGAUGCUGCUGCUGCUGCUGCUCCCCCUGAUGAAUUGGAAGACCAGGAUAUGGAGGAAGAAGAGAGCGUGGAAUCUAGCCAGGAUUCGGAACGCGACGAGGAAAUGCAGGAUGCCCCGCCGACACAGCAGGAAGUAUUGAACAAUGCCGUUGUCGAAGAAAGCGACGAAGAAACAGUUGCCCUCGCGGAUGCACAUGCGAAGUGUGGAUGUUUACUGCGCCCUGCUACCCUGAUACGAGCCCUCAAAGAAAAAGAUUUCUCGAAGCGGAAAAAUGGACUGGUCGCAUUGCGAGCCAUUGGAAGAAGAUUAGCGAGGUCCGGAGAUAUCACUGUCAAUACUCUUUGCAGUAAGCACGCAAAGGCACUAGUGGAAGCUAUACAAAUGACUAGUGCGUCCAAGAAUCACCAGCAAUUGGUGAACCGGGUUGCCCUAUCAUAUCGACACAUUGGGAACUGGGACCGAUUUAUGAAGGACCAUCCUCGAUGGUUUAGUUUCCGGCAGGAAAACGAUCUCGGUUUCCAUCGUUUCAAGCCGCAGCACUACGCCCCUCUUGUUUCUGACUUCGCCGCUGCUACAGAAUGGCUAAUAGUUCGUGACUGGCAAGAGGAAGCCUGGUAUGAAUACCUGCGUUGCUUCGAACUCACCAAGCGCUUGGAAAAGAAGGAAUAUGGCAAGCACUCCUUCUUCUCCCGCAUUGAAAAAGGCAUGCUCGUGGACGAUCCUGAACUAGGUCUCUUGCCUGAUGGUCCCACUUCCGUCGAUGCUGAACUUCAAACGCUGUCGAACAUGCAGCAACCUACCCCCGAAGCGGAGGUUGGCCUUCCUCAUAGCGGCUAG